CGCGAAAGAGGGGGUUGCAUCGGACGUGGAUAGAGGAGGUAGAUGGUGCAUUUGUAGGUACUACUCGCCCAAUCGUCGUUCACUUUACGGCCAUUCCCAUUCUCUUCUCUUAUGUUGGUGGGUUUGGAAGGUAGGUUUGUGGGAUUUGGCGUCGUCACUGAUUCUAGACUUACCGUUUUGGAAGUAUGGGAGCCACUGGGGAUGGAAGGGAAUGGUCAGCAUGUGACGUCCACGUUCUGAAGGCAGAGUCUGCACUGCUCAGGGGUGACUUGACGGACUGACUAGAUCUCGAACCUCCUGCACUCUUCCCUUUCCUUCCUCACAACACCGACGACCAUGAAGAAUCUCCAACAAAGAACCGCAAUGCGCAUCCGCCGCACGCAAUCCGAAUCCGACCUCCCCCUCCUCAAACACCGCCGCCCCUCAACCUCCACCUCGCCAUUCAACAAAAAGGACCCCAAACAGCGCACCCCAUCCCUCACCCCGGGGCAGAUAACCUCCCAGCACGCACAGGAAAGAAUAGCCCUCGAAGGCGUGCGCUCCAAACUCCACCACAAACUCUGCUUGCGUCACACCCACGACGCCCGCACUACAGGCCUCGAGCAACUCCUCGAAACAGCACGCGACAUGCCCGCCCUAGCAGCCGUGCGGCGCCAGCACCCAAUCGACAUGCAGGCUCUCACGCGAGAUAUCGAAAACACGGCCGAAGUGUUGAAGUCGCGAGUGCGCGCCGAGUACGCCACGCGCCUAGCGCUGAUCGAAGAGUUCGCCGAGUUGAAGGAAACCGGCUCCAAGGCUACGUGGCUUUUGGCGCUGCUGGAAACGCUUGUGGAUGAGAAGUGUGGGUUGUUGAAGGCUUUGGGUGAGGUUAGGGAGAGGGUGAGGGUGCGGAGGGAGAGGGUUGAUUCUGUUUUUGCUGCUAGUGAGUUUGGGGGCCGACGGAGGAGUCGGUUGAGGGGGAAUAGUUUGUGUGUUGAAAGGGUUGGGAUGCUGGGGGAGAGGAGUGGUGGGGGCAGGACGGGGGAGGGGUGGUGGCCUGAUUUCAGUCUUGAUUUGAGUCGCGAUGAUCGGUGACGGUGGGGUGUGUUUUGGAUUGUGCGAUUGGAAA